AUGGCAGACCCGUUAGGGUGCCUAAGGGCUGCAACAAUUGCAAUUGCGAUCUGGAAUAUCAUUUAUUGCUUCAUUCAAUUCGGUAUUCUCGGCUGGCAAUUCCAAGUUGUCAAGGACAUUAUCGCCGAGUACGAAAACCGGCAAUUGCCGGCCACCGGCGCCAUCGAUGGAUUUCAGGCGCGAUUUCCCGGAUUGUAUCAAAUUUACACGGAGACGCCUGAGAGGCGACGUGCGAAUGCGAUGUAUGUCAUAAUCAUCGUGUGUAUUAUAUUUGCCAUCGCCAAUCUUCUCACUUCUUGCGUUCUUCUAUACGCGGCUAUCAAGUACAUAAAACUCCUAGUUUGGCCAUGGUUUGCUACGUCUGUUCCACUUUGCAUAAUGACAACCGCCUACGCUGUCCUCUGGUGGUCUGGAGACGUUUUCAACGAGCAGCUGACCAUGUCGAUAUUCGAAUUUGUAAUGUCAGUGGCAAUCAACUCAAUAACAAUUAUUGUUGUGAUUGUGUUCUUCUCGCGCCUCACCGGCUCCCUGGUGUCCACGCGACCAAAAAGAAUGAAACGACGACGGAAGAAGCAUAUCCAGAGGCUCUAUUUGGAGCCGCCUCGAGUUGCGUCGCCCGGUCACGCUGCCCCCUAUCUACCAGUCGAUUCUGCCGCGCUUUUCACCCCAAAGCCAAAAGGCGACGUUCGGCCGGACACGAUUCCAGAUUGGAGUAGGGAAUGGCCAUCGGUGCCCGAUGUUCAACUUCAACGCAAAUUGAAUCGUCAACGAAAAGAGGAUUUGCGACGAAGGGGAUACAAUGUGGGAGCCGAGAUGUCGCCAACGCAACGAUUGGAUUUCUACGCACCCGAGCCCGACGAUCCCGAAUUCCCAUGGAAGGUUCGGACGCUGGAGAGAAAUUUAAGAGAACGAAAGGAGACGCAACAGGAGAAAAUGGCAAAACUUUACUACGAAAAAUAUCCCGAAGAGCUACCGAACAUGCCAUGGGAAAUGCGAAGACGUCUUCAAGAGGAGCGCGAAAAAGCCGAAAUUCAGGCGAAUAAAUCGAAAAUCAGGGGAUAUCGGAAUGUUUAG